AUGUCAGACUUAAAUAACGAUGGCAUACAGAUGAUUACCAUACUCAAAACGAUUAAAAAGUUUUCAGAGAACACCAAUGGAUACAAAUUAGCACUGAUGGGCGGAAGUGCUGUCUGUGGGAUGCUAUAUAUAUAUAGGUACCACAAGGUGAGCCAGGUAUUGCCUCAAAAACAUUCAGAUGAUUUGAAAAGCUUGACUACUGUUCUUACCGGACUCUGCUUGUGGAACUUUCUAAUAGCAGGAUUCACAGAAAACAUAUUGCUAAACUUGGAUAACACAAUCAGAUACUUGGAUGGAAAUAAAAAUUUGCCCAAGGAUUUCAGAGGAUACUUUAUCAACGAAGAUGUUCAUUCGGUGCUAAACAUGUACUACUUGCAGAAAGAUGUGAAAAUAUUAUCGGUAACGGUCGUAUCAAUGGCGUUGUUCCACAUUUUUUCCAAUGUUAUAAUGAAAAGUGUGGAAUACAUUUCAUUCAUCUCCGACAAAAGCAGCAGUGAUGUAGAGAAGACUGUGGAACCAUUGUCUUUCUCGAAAUCCGUGUCGUUCGACGAUGACUUGACUACAUACCAGUAUCUGGAUAUGGAAUUGUCAGUAUCCAAGUCCAGGCUCAGUGUGGGUCACUCGUCACUCAGGACGUUUUUCGUCAAGCAUUGCAUUUCGUUUGCCAUUCUCUCCGUCAUAUCAUAUUGCAUAGUUCCCGACAUUUUCUUAUUUAAUUCUUCAGCAAUUCUUUUGCAAUACUCAAAUAUCACCGUCAAGUCAGAUCACAUAUUCUAUGCUAUUUUUACGCUUUUCUUUGUUGACGUUGUCACCAUCUUUGUCAAGGUUGCAAACCAUCCCAAAUUCAAGAACUUCCCCCAAUUUACUUCCUUAUUAUCCAGAUUCAUAUGGUGCUAUGGAAGCUUGAUCCUUGCAGCAUCCAUGAGCUUGAUGAUCUUAUUUAAUGAUGUUCUCAUAAACUUGGUCAAAUUAAUCACCAUAUAUACCUAUACCCCAACUCACACCAUUAGCUACAAUGUUCUGUUCAUAACGCUGAUCUUCAUUAACUAUUUAACGCAUACAAUUCAACUGUCCUGUACCGCUAGUGCAGACUGUUCCCAAUUGGACUUAGUUAAUGCAUUAUCGGAAAACUUUAUUUGGUUGAACGAUACCCUUAGCAGUUGUUGCAUCGUCCUUGACUUAUCAUGUUUAGUGAUAUUACCAUUGUUAAUUUGGAUAGUGGUAAUCGAAUCAAAGCUCGGACGCUCUAUUUAUUGA